GGGCGUGGGGGCCUAUGGGAGGUGGCACGGCCGGGCUCAGCUGCGGGGCGGAGGUGGUGGAGAGGCCUGCGGCGGCUGGGAGCGGCUGGGCCGGGAGCGGGCGCCGGAGCCGAGCCGAGCCGGAGCGGACGGCGCAGGCCGGCGCGGCGAGCAGCAACCAUGUCGGUAUUUGGGAAGCUGUUCGGGGCGGGAGGGGGUAAGGCUGGCAAGGGCGGCCCGACCCCCCAGGAGGCCAUCCAGAGGCUGCGGGACACGGAAGAGAUGCUAAGUAAAAAGCAAGAAUUUCUGGAGAAGAAGAUCGAGCAGGAGCUGACGGCCGCCAAGAAGCACGGCACCAAAAACAAGCGUGCAGCCCUCCAGGCACUGAAGCGCAAGAAGAGGUAUGAAAAGCAGCUGGCACAGAUUGACGGCACACUAUCAACCAUCGAGUUCCAGCGAGAGGCCCUGGAAAAUGCCAAUACCAACACCGAGGUGCUCAAGAACAUGGGCUAUGCUGCCAAGGCUAUGAAAGCUGCCCACGACAACAUGGACAUCGAUAAAGUUGAUGAGUUAAUGCAGGACAUUGCUGACCAGCAAGAACUUGCAGAGGAGAUUUCAACAGCGAUUUCAAAACCUGUAGGGUUUGGAGAAGAGUUUGAUGAGGAUGAACUCAUGGCAGAAUUAGAAGAACUAGAACAGGAGGAACUAGACAAGAAUUUGCUGGAAAUCAGUGGACCUGAAACAGUUCCUCUACCAAAUGUUCCCUCUAUAGCUCUACCAUCAAAACCCACCAAGAAGAAGGAAGAGGAAGACGACGACAUGAAGGAAUUGGAGAACUGGGCUGGAACCUUUAAUUAACUGGUCCAUUGCAAGCUGGGCCCAGACAGACUCUGGUGACCUGCAAAUGGGCAGGCGUUUGCGUGUGCAGGGCAGGCAGGACAUGGUACAGGCAGGUUCCAUCGCUCUCGAAUCUCCCUCCAAAGCAGUAGGGCUGCAUCACUGCUCACUCUGCAUAGCAUGGUCUGUACCCAGCGGGGUGGGCGG